GUGGAAAGAAAGACCUCCUGCUAGAAGACAAAAAUAAGAAGCUAAUGAAUGAAUAUGAUCAUUUAAAGGAAAGCCUCUUUCAAUAUGAGAAAGAGAAAACAGAAAGAGUAGUGGUUGUGAGACAACUUCAACAAGAAGUGGCCGAUUCCCUUAAAAAAUUUACUAUGUUAGAGUCUCCACUGGAAGCUACAUCACGUUGUCACAUUAAUUUGGAUGAGACACAGGCCUCAAAGAAGAAAUUAUUUCAAGUGGAAAGUCAAAUAUAAGAAACUCCUGGAAAUGACAAUAAAUAUGUUAAGUGUAUUUGGAAAUGAAGACUUCGGUUGCCAUGGAGACUUAAAAACAGAUCAACUGAAAAUGGAUAUUCUGAUUAAGAAGCUAAAACAUAAGUUUGAUGAUCUUACGGCAGAGAAGGAAACUGUAUCUUCAAAAUGUGUCAAUUUGGCUAAAGACAAUCAAGUUCUUCAACAGGAGUUAUUAUCUAUGAAAAAAGUACAACAGGAAUGUGAAAAACUUGAAGACAAUAAAAAGAUGUUGGAAGAAGAAAUAUUAAAUCUUAAGACACAUAUGGAAAACAAUAUGGUAGAACUUAGUAAACUACAAGAAUAUAAAUCAGAGCUAGAUGAAAGGGCAAUGCAGGCAGUAGAAAAAUUAGAAGAAAUCCAUUUACAGAAGCAAGCACAAUAUGAAAAACAAUUAGAGCAGUUAAACAAGGAUAAUAUGGCUUCACUAAAUAAGAAGGAACUCACACUUAAAGAUGUGGAAUGUAAAUUCUCCAAAAUGAAAACUGCUUAUGAAGAGGUUACAACUGAGUUAGAAGAAUAUAAGGAAGCCUUUGCAGCAGCAUUGAAAGCUAACAAUUCCAUGUCAAAAAAAUUAAUGAAAGUGAAUAAGAAAAUAGCAAUGAUCAGCACCAAGCUCCUUAUGGAGAAAGAGAGGGUGAAAUAUUUUCUCAGCACUCUUCCUACAAGGCGAGGCCCAGAGUCACCUUGUGUUCAAAAUCUUACUAGUAUAGGACUCAACAGAAAAUAUAUUCCCCAAAGGCCCGUAAGAAUUCCUACUUCAAACCCUCAGACUUCAAAUAACUGCCAGAACUCCUUGACUGAGAUGGAGCCGGACUGUGUAGAACAAAUAAUUAGAGAAACAAAGAGAACUGUUGCUGUGUUGGACACUUGCUCCCAUCUACUUUCUUCUCUGGAAUCCACUGAAGCAGAGGUGGAGCCACUGAGGAAGCACAGGCGAGCCCUCCCCAGUGGGUGCUCACUGGUCCCCACAGAAGAACCGCUGCCACAUCAACUGAGGCUGUGUUCCUGCUCAUUGCUGGAGGUGCUGUCAGGGCCCCAGCCCUCAACCCCAGGUCUGACCCUUGCAGCUCAGGCAGGACAUUCUGGAGGAAUCAUGUCCUUGGAAGGAGCCCUGAGGAGUGACUAUUGUUAGAUGAAAAAACUGGGGCAAAGAGCAAUACGGAGAGUUGCCCAAAUUCACACCACUGGUCCAGGUUUGAAGCAAGCAGUCUGUACCUGGAGUCCUUGUCUGUAACCAUGGCACCCUGCCUUCUUACCCUACUCAUCGUGGAGUUCCACCUUGUGUCAGGCACUGCGCUGAGCAGCUUCUUUUAAGAACAUAAUUUGUAAUUAUGUAGAUUACUAAUUCUACUUCAAAACGCCACACAGCCUUCAUGUGAUUAAAUGAAACAAUUGCUCAUCUGAUCUCCUGGGAUCUCUACUAAGAUGCUGGCAGUCCAGCCAGCUGGUCCGGCCCUGGACGUGACUUAGCAGCUGGUUAUGCUUCAUGACCUGCAUUGUGGGCAGUGCCAUUUUGCAGACCCUGGUCAGAGUGAAACAUUCCAUGGGAACUUGGGCCAUGAGAAACAUCCUUCCUAACCACGUGACUGCAGAAACAUCCUUAUCGCAUCCUUCCAGGCAAAGGCCCAACAGCCUGACUGCAGGAACAUCCUUGCCAUAUCCUGCCGGGCAGCAAGCUCUACCACCCUGAACCCUCCCUCCCAGUCCCAUGAUUACCCCAGCCUGUGAGUGGCAGUUGGCCCUGGGACUAAGCUGGUUUACCCCUCCGCAGGGUUUUGCUGGCAAUAAAGGUGUUGCUGUUGAAGCCGCCAA